AAAGAAGUAGCAGAGGUAACGUCACACAAGAUGCUGGUAGCAGUAUUGGUAUUAUGUCUGGCUGUGGUAUGGGCAGAACCCACGGGGUAUGGGUAUGGACCACCUCCUUGCUACCCCAAAACAGAAUACAUCACCAAGUUUAACACGAAACUAGUUGAGGUACCAUUCUACGAGACUAUUUACAAGCAAGAGUACGUACCUGCCGUCAAGUACAAGACCAUCUUUAAGACCUUCUACAACACCCUCUACACCAGCCAGUACGUGCCAGAGUACGUGACCACCACGUACUACCAGACCCAGCUCCAGUACGUCACGGACUACAAGACUGAAUACAAGACUGUCUUCGACACCACGUACGUCACCAAGACGGACUAUGUCCCCAAGUACGUCACCCAGACAGCUUACGACACUAUCUACAACACGGUGGUGGACUACGAUACCGUCUACAAGACGGAAAUACUCCCUCAUUACGUCACGAAGACGCAACUUCAGUACAAGACGGACUACGUACAGCAGUUCGUACCCCAGUACCACACUGUACUCAAGACCGUCUACAACGAGAAAACGUACUGUCCCAAGCCCAUAUACGGCGUCCCUCUAGGCUAUUAAAUAGAUAGAACUGUCUAUCGUCCGACACAGGGUCUUGUAGAGGUCAAAUUUAAUUAAAAAUGUUGAUUUUUUUAAACUUGUUUGCAUAAGUUCCCGAUAGAUAGACGAUAGACAUUAAUCACCCCCAGGAAAGACAAGAUUUAAAGCUUAUGUAUUAUUUAUAUGGCUGAUAGACAUUCCUGCCCCCUCUAUCUAUCUAUACCCCAGGACAUCCUUGUACAGAAACGUGCUGUAGACAUAGAUAUCUAUUGAUAUCUAUUGAGACCACGUCUGUGCAGACAGAAUGUCUAAGUCCCUUGUCUAUCUGCCAGACAGACACGACAGACCUCAGACGUGUUCAGAAACGUCUGGACACGUCUGAAAUAUACAUGUCCAGACAUGUCUAUUUUAGGCCUGAGUUUUUGUAUAUCUCUGUUCUUGACGUAUCUAUUCGAAGCUAUCUAUCCUGUCCUAUCUAUUUAAACCUAUCUAUUCAGUCCUAUCUAUCAAAAGCUUUCUAUCCAGCCAUAGUUAUUAAAAGCUUUUAGUCCAG